UUGAACUCUCCUGACUUUUGUCUCCAUUUCCGCUUCCUGGUUGGUGUUUUGUACAGUAAAAGUCCUCGGGCGGCUGUGUGAGAGGCGCGGGUGAGUCAGUGAGCUGCAGGAUCGAUAGUGAUCGAUAUCAGUGAUCGGAGAGCGCUGGGGAUGGAGGAGAGCUGCUGGGUGGAGAUGAGUGGAGAUAAAGAGGAGAGAGAGGAGAUCAGGGGGAUGGAGGGAUCUGAACUCAACACUAAAGAAGAGGAGGAAAAAGAGGAAGGUGGAGAAAUUUUUCUACAGAGGAAGAUCAAAGAGGAGCUCGAGCUAGAAGUGAUGACGAUUAAGGAGGAACCCGAUGAGCAGAACCCAAACUCGGAGCUCCAAAGCAGCAGCUUCAGCGAUGCUUCCCAAACUGAAAUUCAUACCGGAGACUCUUUUAUCUGUUCACACUGUGGAAAAGGAUUCCCUUCAAAAAAAUCCUUAAAUCGUCACAAGGAAACGCAUGAAACCAGUAGAUCCCACAAGUGCGACCAGUGUGACUGGAGCUUCAAAUGCCUCCGAGAUCUACAACAACACAAAAAGAUUCAUACCGGAGAAAAGCCCUUUACCUGCGCUGAGUGCGGUAAAGGUUUAACUUCAUCACGUCAUCUUAAGACGCACAUGAUGAUUCAUACUGGAGCUAGGCCAUUUACCUGCACUGAGUGUGGGCGUGGUUUUUGUACAUCAAACCAUCUUAAAACCCACAUCAUGAGUCAUACUGGAGAAAAGCCGUUUACCUGCGGUGUGUGUGGGCGGGGUUUAACUACUUCAAACCACCUUAAAACCCACAUGCAAAUUCAUACUGGAGAAAAACCGUUUACCUGUACUGAGUGCGGGAAAGGUUGCACUUCUGCAAGAGUUCUUAAAACCCACAUGAUGAUUCAUACUGGAGACAAGCCGUUUACCUGCACUGAGUGCGGAAAAGGUUGCACUUCUGCAAGAGUUCUUAAAAACCACAUGAUGAUUCAUACUGGAGAGAAGCCGUUUACCUGCACUGAGUGCGGAAAAGGUUGCACUUCUGCAGCCGUUCUUAAAACCCACAUGAUGACUCAUACCGGAGAAAAGCCAUUCGUCUGCGAUGAGUGCGGGAAAGGUUGCAUUUCUGCAAGCAACCUUAAAACCCACAUGAAGAUUCAUACUGGAGUAAGUCCACUUACCUGCACUUACUGUGGGAAGGGCUUUACUUCAUCAAGCAACCUUAAAUCCCACACGAGAAUUCAUACUGGAGAAAAGCCUUUUAGUUGCACUGAGUGUAUGAAGAGCUUUUCGAAGUUGCGCCAAUAUAGAACCCACAUGAUGAUUCAUACUGGUGAAAAGCCGUUUACCUGUGCUGAGUGCGGGAAAGGUUUUACUUCGGCAGCCGUUCUCAAAACCCACAUGAUGAUUCAUACUGGAGAAAGGCCGUUUGCCUGCACCGAGUGCGGGAAAGGCUUUACUUCAUCAAGCAAUCUAAAAGUUCACAUCAUGAUUCAUACUGGAGAGAAACCGUUCACCUGCAGUGAGUGCAGUAAAUGUUUUAUUACAUUAAGACAUCUUAAAUCCCACAUGUUGUUUCAUACUGGAGAGAAGCCGUUUACCUGCCCUGUUUGUGGCCAACGUGCAUCUACUUCAGGCAACCUUAAGACCCACAUGAGAACUCAUACCGGAGAAAAACCUUUUAGUUGCACUGAGUGCGGGAAGAGCUUUUCAACAUCAGGCCGCUGUAAAUCCCACAUGAAGACUCAUACUGGAUCUGCACUCAGUGAUGGAGGAAGUGUAUUCUUGGAAAUAUCAUGUGAGCACAUUAAAGAUGAGCCUGAUCCAGAGCAGGAGAUGUUUCAUAGAGAAUGUGGUGCCCAGGAAUCUCAGAACAGCUUCAACGAUUCCUCCUGUCUGAAAAAACAACCGAAGAGAAUUCAUACUGGAUCUGAACCCUUUACCUGCCUACUGCAUUGGAAGAGCUUCAGCGCAGUGAGGGCUCUCAAAUGCAACCUGGAGAUGCAUGAAGGAAAGAGACCGUACCAGUGCUCCCAGUGUGACUGGAGCUUCGCCUGAUUCCCAGAUCUCAAACAUCACGAAAAGAUUCAUACCGGAGAAAAGCCGUUCACCUGCUCCGAGUGCGGGAAGGGCUUCCUAAAAGUCAGUCGCCUAAAAGUCCACAUAAUGACUCACACUGGAGAGAGACCAUUCACCUGCAACGGCUGCGGAAAACAAUUCCUGCAAGCCAACAACCUCAAAUCCCACAUGAAAAUUCAUACCGGAGACAAGCCAUUCCACUGCUCCCACUGUGGUAAGAACUUCCUGCGACUGUUUGAGUAUGAAAUCCAUGUGAUGAUACACCUGGAGAAAAAGCUGUUCACCUGCUUGGAAUGCGGGAAGAGCUUUUCCCAGUUGACCCGCCUCAAAACCCACACCACAAUUCAUAACGGAGAAAAGCCGUUUGCCUGCUGUGAUUGUGGCAAAGCAUUCCCAACACCCAAACACCUCAAAAACCAUGUGCUGAUUCAUACCGGAGAGAAGACCUUCACCUGCACUCAGUGCGGCAAGAGCUUCACCAACUCCAGUGCCCUCAGGAGGCACAGGCUAAUAAAUGCUGGACACAAACCCCACCAGUGCUCCCAGUGCGACAGGAGCUUCAUACAGGUCUCGGACCUGAAAGAUCACCUGAGGAUUCAUACCGGAGAGAAGCCGUUUGUGUGCUGUCAGUUUGGGAAGAGCUACACUUCCACCAAGGGACUGGCGUACCACAUGCAUAUUCAUACUGGACACAAGCCGCACCAGUGCUCCCAGUGCGGGAAGACCUUUAUACGGCUCUCCAAACUAAAGAUACACCAAAUAACUCAUACUGGAGAAGAGCCGGGAUCUGCUGGGGUGGAUCUGCGGGCUUCGUCGUCCUGCAGUGUGAAGGACAGUUGGUAAUUGGGUGUAUGUAAAGAUACACAAUGCAAAUAAAGUUAUUAUUGUUUUAUUGGUUUUAUUGUA